GCAAGCAUAACAGACCGUUACAUUUGCAGCUUUCUGUUAGCAGCGCUGCGAUGUUUAUUUGUUUAUUUAUAAACUAUAAAUAAAUGUAGAAAGCAUAGUUUUUAAGACCUUGGAAAAGUGAUAAAAGUUUAGUGUAUAAGACAUAGUUAGAAGAUUAUUUUUAACAAAAAGUAACCUCACUGUCCGAAGUAACAAGAAAAUCAAUACCCGUUAAUAACAACCGGAGCGCGUAAAUUCCGUCAGUUUGACAGUUACGUUGAUAAGAACUAUGCGGAUGAGCGAUCCGAUGCGCAGGCGCGCUCUUGGCGCCCCCCUUAGACUACGCGGUGCUCCGCUAAACUUUCCGGAUUCGAAAUUCUCAGGCAGUCCAUGUUCGGGCGUCGUUGCAAGCAGUGUGUGCUAACGGUACUCCAUCCGCGCUGCAUGUGCGUUCCGUUUGCGAUAGUGUGUGUGUCUGCGCCCGUGACUGUGUGUGUGUGAGAGGAGCUCAGGAAGAAGCAGAAAAAGAAAAAUAACAGGAAAACGGGAAAAAGUAACGGGAACGUCUGCCCCAAAACAGUUGCAAAAACACACACGAGAUUCCGUUGGCGGUGCACCAAUUUUUCGGUUGAAAAGCUGUAAUUCGAUUGGAUCAGCUUUUCACCUAGCAGGUUUUUCCACGGCAGCAGGACUUCAAGGAGCAGCAGAGACGAGGGGGCGGGGACUUCACAGCAACAUGUUUGUGGCUUAAAUCAGCAUUGGGCAGCUAUAGCUACAGUGAAAACCAGAACUUGAGGAACUAGCUGAUUGGCCUUCGCUUUUGGGCCAUAAAAUGCAUUUACACUUUGAGCGAAACAUCAACACAAAAUGCGAUUGCACGAUACUCUCAUUAUCAUGGAUGGGAAAGGUGCCAGAUGAUAUACCCGAGGACGAGGGAUGGAAGCUAAACCGCACCAACUAUUACCAGGAGGGAUGGCUGGCCACGGGCAAUGUGCGCGGCAUUGUUGGGGUGACCUUCACCACCUCGCAUUGCCGCAAGAACAUGGAUUAUCCGCUGAGGACUAAUUACAACCUGCGAGGGCACAGAUCGGAUGUAAUCCUGGUCAAAUGGAAUGAACCCUACCAAAAGUUGGCCUCCUGCGACAGUUCAGGCAUCAUCUUUGUGUGGAUCAAAUACGAGGGCCGUUGGUCCAUCGAACUGAUCAACGAUCGCAAUACGCCAGUAACCCACUUUUCCUGGUCGCACGAUGGUCGCAUGGCUUUGAUCUGCUACCAGGAUGGAUUCGUUUUGGUGGGAUCUGUGGCGGGUCAGCGAUAUUGGUCCUCCAUGCUCAACCUGGAGUCCACGAUCACCUGCGGCAUUUGGACACCCGACGAUCAGCAGGUGUACUUCGGCACCACUCAGGGUCAGGUGAUUGUGAUGGAUGUCCAUGGAGCGAUGGUGUCCCAGGUGCAGCUCUCCAACGAUGUGCCCAUCACCUCGAUGGCCUGGUCAUGCGAGAAGUUCAAGAUGGAGGAGGGCGAGGAAGCGGAGCCAGGUGUAACCAAUGCGGCCAAACGCUCCUUUGUCCUGGCAGUUAGCUUCCAGAAUGGAUAUAUCUACUUGCUUAAGUCGUUCGACGACGUCUCACCCGCACAUAUCAACACAUGCCUUAAUGGCGCCUUGGGAAUGGUCAUGGAGUGGAGCAACUCGAGGGAGCUACUAGCCGUGGCUGGAACCCUGCGCACCGGACUGGAUGGCGCGAAGUCGGAGGACAUGGGCACGCCCAGUAGCUACACGAACCUGGUCAAGUUCUACACGGAGACGGGCACGUGUCUGUAUCAGGCGCACAUCCCCUGCAGCAGCGCCACCGUUUCGGCCAUCACCUGGGGCCACAACGACAAGCGGCUGUUCAUCGCCACGGGGACGCAGGUCCACAUCGCCUGGGUCUCCAGGCGGGUGGCCUCCCUGCAGCUCCUCUGCCGGCUGGAGAUCCAGGCGAGCGUCGGAUCCGAGUCGCUGCUGCCCCUGCUGCCGUUGCCUUCUAGGAUUAAGUCUCUCAUUGGCAAUCUGUUUGCUCAAACGAUAAGAUGCUGUGUACCUGACCUGAAGUCGCUGCGUGAUUUUGUUUCGCGACCACCGCUUUGCUCCACCCGGCUGCACUGCACCAUGAUCCGGCACGACGAUGACUCCAACCUGAGCUCCGGCACUUGCUACACGCUCUACUUGGAGUACUUGGGUGGAUUGGUGCCUCUCCUGAAGGGCAAGCGCACCUCCAAGAUUCGUCCCGAGUUUGUAAUCUUCGAUCCUCAGGUUAAUGAUGCCCCCUUAUACUUUCAAUACUCCGCCGAGGCCAAGAGCUCAUCGGGCUCCAGUCAGUCGACCACCACGGGUAAUAGUGGACGCACCGACUCCUCGGACAGCGAUUUCGAGGAGCGCUCCCGCUUCGGUUCGCCACGAACUCCUCGCAAGAAGCGAGUGCGUCCAAAGAGGCGACACCAAGCGGGCGACCGGUUGAGCUCCUCCGGAGGCGGAGGAACCAACGAUCCCGACAGCUUGGAUGAACUGGCUUAUGUGGACACACUGCCGGAGGAAGUCAAGCUGGUGGAGGUGACAUCCAACAUUUGGGGUACCAAGUUCAAGAUCCAUGGACUUGCCAAAACCGUCCCAGCCAAUUUAGGCCAAGUAACUUAUAAGACGUCCCUACUGCAUUUGCAGCCGCGUCAAAUGACGCUGGUCAUCACCGAGCUGCGCGACGAUUUUCCACCUGGUCCCGAUCCCAGCUUCAAUCCAAACAUAUUCUCCGAGGACGAGGACGAGCAUCACCAGCACCAGCAGGUUAAUCACCACGAUGCAGUGCCGCAGGUGAAUGUGAUCACCGCUCAGGAUGGCGCUUCGCUGAAGCCACCGAUCAUACCACAGCGUCGUCUAACCGACGGAGCCUCUGCUCCCUUGAUAGCGCCCAUGUCGCCACGUCCCAAUCGAAUUCUGGCGCGGCACAAGAACUCCUUGACUGUGAAUGGCAGCGAACGGGGAGCUAGUUCCUCCGCGGGCAUAAGUCCUUUGGCGCGAGCGGAGAGCUACGAUGACGAUUCCUCCAAUGAGUCGCAGGAGGCGGGGGCAUCGGGCUGCCAGUCCACCACUGUGCUCCUGCACCAGGCACCCUCGAAUGGUUCCAAUGGUCCCAGCGGCAGUAAAACCAUCACACGACCCAAGACCAUUAGUAGCUUCAAGAACAGCUACAGUCGGUCUAGCUCCAAUUCCAGCUGCCAGUCGCGUCACGCCAUCUCUCCGCUUUAUUGCGAUGGAGCAGUGCCCACGCUGCAGAGUCCCAAGAAUGCAGUGGCUCCCUCGGACAUCAUCUUCGAGCGUCCGGCUGUCCCCGCCGCUGGACAAACCACCCUCAUGUCGUAUUCAAGCAAUGCGGACUAUGCGAACAAUGUGGUUCAGGUGAAGAACGCCCUGAUGUCGGAGCCAGUGCGCUCGGCCAACAGCCACGUGAAUCCGGUGCCGCUGAAUCUCAACCUGAAUCUGGAGCGCAUGGAUGCGCGGGUAAAGUGCAUGGCACCCACCACCUCCUCCACCGCAAAGCGAAGGGAAAUGCUGUAUAUCGACGAGGAGACGCAGUCGCCAACUCCAACGCCGAGUAGCAGCAGCAUGAAGCGCACGCCGACGGUGGUUUCGAUAGCACCUGCCUUGCCGGACUCCAUCACGCGCAGUUGCAGCGUUGGCUAUCUGGAUUCGGUGGCCAUCACGCCAUCCGAUGAGGCACUGUCCGCCCUGCGAAAGGAUGCUCCCAACAAACGGCUUAUACUGGUUGACAAGCGCAGGAAUCGACGGAAACGGCAACAGCAGGAGGAUGCCCGACGGCACAAGCUGCAGCAGACUGGGAAAUCCAAGAGCCUGGACUCGUGCGACCUGCUGUCCCUGCAGACGAAGCUCUCUAGCAAGGAACACGAGCAGGUGGUGCGGAAGCUGCAGGAGAUCUCCGACAGCAGCGCCUGCAGCAGUGCCGCCAACACGCUGUGCUUCAAGUGCCGCAACAACAUGAAUCCCAGCAGUGCCUGCAAGCGGUGCCAGCCCUCGGCUGGUUCCGUUCUGGAUGAGAUUACCUCCGUUGUGGCGUCGGUGGAGCCGGUCAAGGAGUCUCCUGUGGCCACUGUGCAAGCAAAGCCGGCACCCAAGAAACGCUUCGACGUGAUUACCAGCUUCACAGACUCGCCACUUUUUACGAGGAAACAUCGAUUUGGAAUCGGACGCAGCAAGGAAACGGCGGCCACUGAGAACUCAACACCUUUGCUCGGUAGAAAGCAGGACAAUGGAUUCAGCUUUGUGAAGCAGCUUUCCGAGGUUCGUUGGAGGCGCAAAGAGCAGCCAACUCAGGCCCAAGUUAAUGGAUCCAGCAAUGCCAGCACUUUGGAGAGGCAACAACAGCCGGAGAUCACUGGAGCAGCUUGUGGCGCAGUGGAGGCUACGCCAGUGGAGGCCAAGGCAUCGGUUUCGCUACACACUCAGGCUCUCACCACCUUGGAGAACAUAAUAAGCCGUCUGCGUGAUCUCGACGAGGGUCGACUGACGCCUCCAUCUACCCCUCAAAGGAUGCCAAGGAGUUCCCCAGCAUCGCCGGCGGCCAGCAAAAAGAAUAAGCGACAGCAGAGCAACUCCCCCAUUCGCCACAUAUUGAAUUCACCGCUUUUAAACCGCCGGCAGCAAAAGCAAAGCAUCAUCGAGAGCUCCGAUGACGAGGGCAAUCAGACAAAUGGUUCUGGGGAGGAGAGCAACAACGCGGGUAACGGCAAACAGUACCGCGACCUGGAGACAUUCCAAAAGGCGCAACUACGCCAGAAGCUGAAGCGUGGAAAAAUCGAACCGAACGGCAGUGCCAGUUGUGCCAAUCCGGCGCCAGUGCGUCGCGAAUUUGUGAUGCACAAUAAGGCGCCCAUGUGGAAUGAGAUGAGCCAAGUGUACCAGCUGGACUUUGGGGGUCGAGUUACCCAGGAGUCGGCCAAGAACUUCCAAAUUGAGUUUCGUGGCAAGCAGGUCAUGCAAUUUGGACGCAUUGAUGGCAACGCUUACACCUUGGAUUUCCAGUAUCCAUUCUCCGCCCUUCAGGCAUUUGCCGUGGCCCUGGCCAAUGUGACACAGCGACUUAAGUAAUCGAGGAUCGAGGGAUCAGUUAUCGUAUCGCACCGCAUAUUUAACGGGCAUGGCUCUACAGAAAUGUCGCCAGCCGAUUGCAGCAAUUGCUUUUUUGGCCUACGCUAUAUAUAUUUUUUAUACCAGACACGGCGGAUGGACGAUUGCUUCUUAAUUUGUAUAUAUUGUAUAUGUAUUGCGGUCUUUAGGUUUCCGAGUACCGUACUUUAGUGAUUAUGUAUGUGAACACGUACCACCACUUGAUUGAAGGUUUUGCCAUGUGCAGCACAAAGAAUUACGAGUGCGCACAUGGAUGUGCAAACUCACAGUCCGAUCCAUUUUUGUGCAAUAUUUGUAUGACAAAUUUUUUGGAUUAAGUGUAGCCGAGUGUAAAUGUUAGGCGUAGACGACGUACGAUGUAUUUUAAAUCAAACUACUAUAACACGAUUAACGAUCAGUCGGUUUUUAACACUAGUUUGUACAAGAGCAGCCUUUUUUGCAUAGAGCUUCGUUUCUUGCUUUACUCGAUUUAAGUGCAAUAACUCCAUUCGUUAACUCCUAGAUCUAAGACAUAUUGGCGAAACCAGCAAACCGCUUGGCCCAGCACUCGAAAAACUUCAUUGUGAGUAAAAGGACGAGUCCGAUUACUUAACGCUAGCAUAUUUUUUAUAUGUGUAAACUAAUUGUGAAUGUUGAAUCGAUCGACAGCAAG